CAUCGUCGCUCGAGGGCGUGCCUACGUCUGGAUCGUUCAUUGAAGUCACCCUCCCCUUCCGUCCCCGCGCUCUGCAUCGCUCGCAGACCCCCGUCCCCCGUCCCCCGUCUGCUGCUGCUCGUCGACGACGACGACGACAAGCAAAGCCAUGGCCGCCGACCCCGAGCACGGGCUGCCGUCGGAGGAUGCCGUCGCCGAAAAGCGCCUCGGCGGGCAUCAUCACCAGCACCAGCACCACCAUCAUGCGCAUCACCACAACAAGGAGCAGCAGCAAGCUCCUCCCGUGCGCGCACCCGGCGACGGCGGCCAUAGGCACGAUGACGCAGGAUCCUCAACGUCCUCAUCGUGUUCGUCGUCGCCGCCGUCGCUGAUGCACAAGGUGCUGCGGAUGGGCCGCGUCGAGGAAAACGGCAUCCGCCCGCUGCCGCUCGAGCAGCGCACCAACACGCGCUUCUUCAACAUCUUCACCGUCUGGUUCUCCAUCAACUCCAACAUCCUCGGCAUCACCUUUGGCAUGCUGGGGCCGGCCGUCUACGGCCUGAGCCUGCGCGACUCGGCCCUCGUCAUCCUCUUCUUCAGCCUGCUGUCGACGCUGGCCCCGGGGGCCCUGGCCGUGCUGGGGCCCAAGACGGGCAUGCGCCAGAUGAUUCAGGCGCGGUACAGCUUCGGGCGAUACCUGGUCUCGAUCCCCGUGCUCCUCAACCUCGCGACCCUGACGGGCUUCACCGUGAUUAUAUGCGUCGUGGGCGGGCAGUGCCUCGCGGCCGUAUCCGAGGGCGACCUGACGCCCAACGCGGGCAUCAUCAUCAUCGCGCUGCUGUCGCUGCUCGUCUCGUUUGCCGGCUUCAAGGUGCUGCACAUAUUCGAGACGUACGCGUUCGCCGUGGCGCUCGUGGCCAUUGCCAUCACGGCCGGCGUCGGGGGAUCGGGCCUCACACGGCAGACGGAGCCGGCCGCGUCGCCAUCGGCGCGGCAGGUGCUCAACUUUGGCAUGAUUGUGGCCAGCUACCAGAUCCCGUGGGCGGCCAUCGCGAGCGACCUGACGACGUACUUUGACCCGCGCGUGCCCGGGUGGCGCGUCUUCCACUACACGUACUGGGGCCUGCUGGUGCCGACGGUGCUGCUCAUGACGCUGGGGGCGGCCGUGGCGGGGGCCAUCCCCAACAACCCCGACUGGGAGCGGCGGUACGAGGAGAACCUGGUGGGCGGCGCGCUGGCGGGCAUGCUGGCGAGCGCUGGCGGCUUCGGCAAGUUCGUCGUGGUGGUGCUGUCGCUGACGCUGCUGGGCAACACGUGCGGCACCUUUUACGCCAUCACGCUCAACUUCCAGACGCUGGUGCCGUGGCUGGCGCGCGUGCCGCGGUAUGUCUUCAGCAUCCUCAUCACGGCCAUUGUCAUCCCCGUGGCCAUCACCGCCGUCAACGACUUCUUCCUCAACCUCGAGAACUUUGUCGCCCUCAUCGGCUACUGGUCAGCCGCCUUUGUCGGCAUCGUCGGCGCCGAGCACCUGGCCUUUCGCCGCCGCCUGCCCUACGCCGUCGCCUACGACGCUUCCGUCUGGAGCGACGCGUCGCGGCUGCCGUGGGGGGCGGCGGCCAUGGCGGCGGGCGUUGCGUGCUUCGGCCUCGUGGUGCCAUGCAUGGACCAGGUGUGGUGGACGGGGCCCAUUGCCAAAAAGUCGGGCGACAUUGGCUUCGAGGUGGCCUUUGUGCUGGCGGCGCUCGUGUACGUGCCGUUGCGCCAUCUCGAGCAGCGGUGGACAGGGCGGUGAUGUCUGUCCGGCUGCGAGCACGUCGAGGGGUGGUUGAGGAGGGACUGUCAAAAGUCCAAGUCGAUGUUGGAAGCCGAGGGGGGCGGGAUGAGAGCUCAAGUCGGCGGCCAAGUCUUGAUGGUCCCCAAGGGCUUGUAUUGUACACGUCCUUUGUACAUGAUGUCGGAUGCAAUCUGUACCAAGGAAGCGUGGCAGUGGCCGCGGCGACGAAAGGAAGAAGAGAUGCCCGCCACUUGUAUAUAAGGCGAACAACGCAGUCGUUGUGCGUCGGGCCAGACUGUGAUUUCAUAAAAGACGCUGUCGUGCUGUGUAGGAGAGUACCGACGAGUACAUAAGUACAAACGUACUACUCGAGGGUCUCGUUGUUCUGGAACUGCGGUCGGAAGAGGGGAACUGCUGAGCUGUUAUGCUUUUAUGUGGUCGGCUGUCGUCGUACAGCUCGCGAGCCGCCCUGCGCCCCAGGUCGUGUGGCCCCCCCCCCGCCAUUUGCUUCACCUUUCGUGCAGCCAUCGUUACACGCAACGGUUGCCUAACGAAUGGUGAAUUUGGAGAAAAAAAAAAGAAAAGAAAAAUGGUAGCAAGCAGCUGCUGCGGCAGGGCGGGUAGGUGAGUGUCAAAUGUCUCGGGGGACGAGGAGCUGCGCCGUGCAGCUUUCUUCUCUG